CUUCUUUUUGCGUCUCAUCCAAUGAUUCGUCAUGAACCAGAUGAGGAAGAAGAUGUCUGUUUAUAACCUACUGAAACAACCUUUCUUGUGGAGACUGACCGCUUCAAACCAAAGACCGGGUAUCAUAUCUGCGAUUAAUCCAACAAGGAUGGCCUGCACAGGUGAGUCUUUUGUCAUUUCACUCACAAAAGGUCUUUUUUGAAUGAACUCCCGGCUGUCUUUAUGUUUGAAUGGCAUCCUAUUCGCUAACUUAAACUUCACUUUCAGCACAUGCUAAAUAGUUAGCUAUCACAUAUUGAGUUGACCAUUAAAAAUUCCGGUAAUCGAAGCAAUAUCACUAGUUUAUUUAUUUGUUUGUUUGUUUGGAACCCCAUUAGCUUCCACAAAGUGGUUUCUAGUCUUCCUGGGGUCCAGAAACUUAAAAUUACAAUACAUUACAUUUUAACAAUUAAUUAAUAAUAAACAAUUACAGAUUCAAUUCGUGACUGAAAUUGUUGAUCAAAGCUGACCACCCCAGUGGUUCAGUAAGAAAAAAAAACUUUAAACUUAAUGUAUUCACCUGUCUCUAAACUUAAUUAUGCAGUCUGUAUUUAUUAAAACGUAGAAUGACUUAGCAGAUAGGUGAGACGGAAGUUACCUGCAUCCUACGGGAAUACCUGCUGGUUGACUGAGCAACGAUUACCAAACCAUUUAUCAUAUUUUUAGGCCUUAACAGAAAGGUGGAGUGUUUGCAUAACCUGUUAAACCAGAGACAAGUGGGUACAUCCUAUCUGUCCUCCUAUCUGCACAUACUAACCUUAACACACAACCACUACAUGAGUGCCAGAGACAUUUACUAGUUAGUCAUAGUGGUAACACUUUACUUGAUGCCUGACUCUAUAACGCAUUAUAAAUAUAUGUAUAAUGCAUUACAAUCACGUUAUAGCACUGUAUAAGUAUAGUUAUAAACACUCAUUAAUGAUCAUAAUGCUUUUUAGCAAUAAUCAUAACAAAUUAUAAAGCACUUUAUCAUGACUUGUUUACAAGGUCAGGUAUUAUAAUGUGUUAUGCUUAUUGUCAUAAAGCCUUAUGAUAAUUAAUAAGUGUUUAUAAUGUUGGUUAUAUGGGUUUAUAAGCAAAUUAUAACACAUCAUAAAUAUAUGUAUAAUGCAUUAUCUAUGUAGGCAUUGUCAGUGAGUUGUUUACAGUUAUAACAUAUUAUAAUACCUGACCUUGUAAGUCAUGAUAGAAUGCUUUAUAAUGUGUUAUAAUUAUUGCUAUAAAGCAUUGUGGUCGUUAAUGAGUGUUUAUAACUAUACUUAUACAGUGCUAUAUUGUGAUUAUAACGCAAUAUACAUAUAUUUAUAAUGGGGUAUAGAGAUAGGCAUCAAGUAAAGUGUUACCGUGAUAGUUAUAACAAUAGGAUUUUCUGGAUUUGCACAGUUUCUAAUAUGUUCUUUUUCAGAUUCAGGUAAUUCAGAAAUCUCCCAUGAGGAUCUGAAAGCACUCCUGGAAAAGAACAAGAAUCUCCUUCUUGUGGAUGUCCGCACCAAGGAAGAAGUAGAUAAAGGGCGUAUUCCAGGGUCAAUCCACAUUCAUGGUAUUCUUAAUUCAUUAAAAAGAAAAAAAAUAGAUUAACUUUUACUCAAUUAAGGCUUUUUUCUGUUAUCAUUUAUCACAAAUUCAGACCAAAGCUUUUCUGCAUGUGUGUCUGUGUAUACUGUACAAUCAUCAAGGAGCUGUGGUAUGUGUGUAUAGCAUCGGAUGCUUGGUGCUCAUGAAUCUAACAAAGUUUACUUUCUGCCUUAUCAAGUUGAUUCAGUAGAGGCCGCAUUUUCAAUGGAACCAGAAGAAUUCAAGGCCAAGUAUGGAGUCACAAAGCCAUCAUUAGAUGUCCCCGAGCUGGUGUUUCACUGCCAGAUGGGAAUGCGAGGGGGAAGAGCUACAAGCAAAGCACAGGAACUUGGAUACGUAAAGUAAAUAAUGUUGUUUUUUUACUGAACAUAACACACGCAAUGAGCCCAUUUUCUUUCAUUUUCAGACAUUCCAGGCCUACAGCAUUACAACCCUCCCUGUUUUGAAUGUCUCCAUGAUGUACAUACAAUAAAAAAAAGUUGAAAACUUGACAUUUUAUUAGAUUUUUAUUUACUGUAUCUGUAUUCUAAAAUGUUUUCCUCUGUCUUCUAUUGCAGUGCUCAAAACUACAAAGGAGGAUACGCAGAGUGGUCUUCAAAAGAGGGAAAAUAAUUCUGAUUUAUUUAUUUUGAUAUAAAUAACAGUGUAAAAGCUAGACAGGAGAAAUAGAGACACAAUUAUCGUGUUUUAAAUUCCAUGUUUUGAUAUUGUUUUGUUUCCAGUGGCUGUAUUACUAUUAAAAAAUCUGAAAAUAAAGAAAACUAUACUAUAUCA